AUUCCUCCCCCACGCAUCUGGCCCGCGUCCCCGGGCCGCGGCACCGGAUCCCGGCGGGGGUGUGGAUCCAGGGCCCGCUCUCUCCGGCGCGGCCAGAGCCCCCCAGUGUGCGAGCGCCUAGGGGAUGCCGAGCUGCUCAAGAUGAGGAGGUGCGUGGGGCCGGGGCGGAGCGGCAGCGUUCCCCGCGUGUGAGCCCCCCACCCAUUGCCGGCGCCAGCACUUCCCUGACCACUCGGGUUCGGCUAUGCGGGAGCCGUGAGGAGGAGGCUUGCUGUCGUGGACUUGAGAUCUCGGGAAGUCAUGCUGACUUGCUUUUAAGUGGCUUGGAGAAAGUGAAGAAACCCCAAAAUGGAGGACUUUGCUACUAGGACCUAUGGCACCAGUGGCCUGGACAACAGACCUCUGUUUGGGGAGACGUCCGCCAAGGAUCGAAUCAUCAAUUUAGUUGUUGGCAGUUUAACAUCCUUAUUGAUUCUAGUAACGCUGAUCAGUGCUUUUGUUUUUCCUCAACUACCUCCAAAACCGUUGAAUAUAUUCUUUGCUGUCUGCAUCUCUUUGAGUAGUAUUACUGCCUGCAUACUUAUCUACUGGUAUCGACAAGGAGACUUAGAACCAAAAUUUAGAAAGCUAAUAUACUAUAUCGUAUUUUCUAUCAUCAUGUUGUGUAUAUGUGCAAACCUGUACUUCCAUGAUGUGGGAAGGUGAGGCUGCCGAGGAGAAGUACUUACCAGGACUCUUCAAAAUGAUACAUUAGGACAGUGAGUAAUUUUUGGAUAAGGUAUGCUGAAGAAUCUCCUGCAGAAGUCUGAUACAUGAUUUUCAUGUUAAUUGUAAAUGUAAUUCCCUCUUGCAAGGGAGACAUAGCCUAGAUCACUUUGCUUUUUCUUUAAGGAGCUGACGUUGUACCUAAACAUUCCAACCCUUAAAGCUCAAACAGCACAACAUUUCACUUUUGAAAUGAACAUUUUUAUAAUGUAAUUGCACGGCAAAAGGCUAUGUAACAAACAAAUCUUGCAUUUUAAGACAAAUAUUCUUUUAUUUCUGUUAAACUGAAUAUACAGUUGUUCCCUAGGCAACCGACUUUUGCUUAUAACUACAAUUUAAUUUCACGUUAACAAAACAGACAGUGAAAAGACAACUUUGUGAAGAUCUAAUUACAAUAAUAAAUAAAAUAAUUUAUACAAGG